AUAAUCAUCCGAUUUGACGUCAGAGCUGUGAUGUAAAAUAGUAUUUAUUUACAAGUGUUUUGUUCGCAAUAUUUUCAUUCGUAAGCAUUUAUUUGUGCGUAAAAUAAGUUCGCGAUAAAUGGCCUUCGUAGAACAGUAAACAUUCGCGUAUUACGUCUCGGUGAAUGCAAACGCUGUGAUAUCUUCGUAACCGAUAAACGAAAUAUUCAGUAAUUAAUCUAUUUUCGCGCACUCGUAGAAUAAAAUAAACGCCUAGAAAAUAGUGAAUUAGCAGUGCGAUAUUAAAAUGUCUUUGGGCAGUCAGUGGCGUAUAAUAAGGCACUAUUUGUCGUUAACCAAUUUAAACAGUGAAGUGGAGAAAUUAGUGCAAAAAUUUAAGCCAACGUCUCCGGAGCAAUGGGAAAAACUACUAGCUACAAUUCAAAAAGCUGUCCCAGUGCAGGUAAUGAGAGAAAGCAAGUCUGAAGAAAAAAAGGAUGUCAGAGUUUAUUCCACAACUGUUGAUAAUGUAGAAAACAAAAGUGAAAAGGAAGAAAAACCGAGUCCACCGGGCACUCAGUGUGGGUUCCGAGGCGAAGACAUUACAUUUGAAGGGUUCCUACAAGGUCUUAAACUCAAAACAGAUCUUCAUUUUGGCAAAAUAUCCGAGACAAGCUGGAAAUCUAAAAAACCUGUAGUUAACAAGAGUUCGAUCCAUUCGCGCACUGCGUACGUGAUAUCCGCCAUAGUGAGUGCCGAGACACUAGAGUGCCUCACCAAAAGAACUGAACAUUUUAUUGACCACCUCAAGCAGUAUCCGGAAGCUAGGGACUACGCUAUUAAGGAAGGUGCAGUGAGAGCUUUACUUCGGGUACACAACAGGCUCAAGGAUGACAAACCUGAGACACAACAGGCGAACGGGGUCGUCAAAGAAGCGCUGGCGCUGGUUGGAUACACGGGUCCUACCAAGGGUCCAGGGCCGAACAUCCUGUCGCUCGACGGCGGCGGCAUCAGAGGACUCAUCGCCAUAGAAAUACUCAGGCACUUGGAACGACUGACCGGCCGCAAUGUGACGGAAAUGUUUGACUAUAUAAUUGGAGUCAGUACGGGCGCCAUUAUCGCUGCCGUUAUAGGUAGUGGUGUUGGUAACCUGGAGACUGCAAGUCGGAUGUACCACACACUCUCAAAGGAGAUGUUUGGCAACACUUCACUCAUCGGAGGCACGUCUCGGUUAGUAUGGACGCACUCGUACUACGACACGGCGGCGUGGGAGAAAAUGCUGCAGGACAACUUACGAGACUGCACACUAACGCAGUGCAAUCGGUACAACUCACCCAAGAUGGCGCUGGUGUCGUGCGUGGUGAACUCGGGGUCGCGGCUGACGCCGUUCGUGUUCCGCUCGUACGAGUGCGGGUUCCGCGUGCGCUCGGCGCUGCCGGGCUCGUCGGCGGCGCGCGUGUGGCACGCCGUGCGCGCCUCCGCCGCCGCGCCCACCUACUUCCACGAGUUCAAGCUCCACGGGCUCGUGCACCAGGACGGCGGAAUAAUGGUGAACAACCCCACCGGCGUCGGCCUACACGAGGCGAAACUAUUAUUCGGUGCGGAGUCCCUUCGCAAGGCGACCGUCAUCUCGGUUGGCACGGGCAAGGCGCUCACGAAACACGUGGACUACAGCGCGCUCAGCAACGGAGUGGGCGGCGACGCGGCCGGCACCAGCUGGAAGGACAAGUUCAACAAGAUACUCGACUCCGCCACUGACACUGAGGGCGUGCACCUAGUAGUGAACGAGUUGCUUCCGGCGGGCUCGUACUUCCGGUUCAACCCGCCGCUGAUGCAGGAGUGUGCCAUGGACGAGGUCAACCCAGACAAGCUGCAGAGUCUCAUCACAGACACCAACGCGUAUAUCAGACGCAACCAACACAAGUUCGAGCAGGCGGCGGCCAUGUUGACGCGCAAGCGCAGCGUCUCGCAGCGAGUCGUGGACUACGUGCGCCUCCGCGCGCAGCUCAUGGGCCUCACCACCACCAACUGACACACGCAGCAAGGACCUCGGCCUUGCGAACCGUAGCCAUUCAGGCCGGCACUGUGAGUGCGACGAACAACUGACGUGAUAUUUACUCUUAUGGUCAAUUUUAAUAAGCCAUUUUAACUUACCGUCGGAUCGGAGAAAAUAGAUCAAUUCUGUAUAAUGUUUGACAUGUUUACACAUGGUUAAUUGUUGCCUUUAACGUGUAGCAGAAUUUGGGUUAGUUUAUUAAAGAUGGCCAUUAUUUACCAACAGUACUGGCUCAAUAACAAACAUCGUUUAAUGUGGUUUGAAUUAUUACAAAAAAUUUGCUUGGCAUACAUUAUUGUCAGUAAAAUUUGAGCGUAUUUUGUGUUGUUUUAGACCAAUUUUUUCGAAUUUUGCGUCCUUAGGUUAGUCAUGAUUGGUCAUAUAAUGACGAAAGGCUAUUAAAAAUAGAAUAUAGGUUAUGUUAGUUAUCCUUACUUAGUAAGAUGAUUAAAAAUAUUACAAAUAAUUUGUAAGCAAUAAAGUUUUAACACUUACAAUUUAAAAGCAAUAAAUGCGAAUGUAGACCUUAUUUAUGAUGUAUAAAGGCACAUUUAGAGUGCUGUCUCAUCAUUCCGAAACGCUAUAAGCCUAUCAUUGUAGACUUUUGUACCUUUAUACACUUGUGAUAUGAAUCACUACCUCUAAAUGUAAACGCUUGGUAUACCUCCCAUACUGAACGUUUUGGGUCAAUAAUGACCCCAAAUCAUUAAUAAAUUAUUUAAAUACUUCGAGUAUGAAUAAUGUCCUUUACCAACCAUUUUGAUGUGUUCAGCCUACUAUGAUUCUAAUUUCUUUUUAUUAUAAAAAAGAAACUUGAUUCAAAGGAAAAUGAGUGAUUAUUAAAUACAUUUUCAACUAUGAUAACAAGAUAAAGACAUUUAUGUUAAUAUAUUGAUAUAUUUUGUGCAUAUUGCUCUUCCUUUGGAGCCGUUCAAGUAUUACGUAACGUAUUUUGAGGGGUCGUGUGAAACGUUUCGAUGCGUUACAGGGGCGGGAAGGGGCUUUCGUACAAAGCCUUAUGUAUCAUUUUUUUUUUUUUGAAAUGAAAUGAUUUAUUUUUGUCUGUAAAAUGUUAUACAUUAUUUAGAUUCCGUCAAUAUUAACUCUACCACCAGUUCGGAAAGCAGUUUUCACCAGAGAAUAACG